AUGUCCAGUCAGCUGGAUGUAGACAACAUGGCCGGAGUGUUUUACAUGCUGGCUACCGCCAUGGGCCUGUCUCUCAUUACCUUCAUAUCAGAACACCUCUUCUACUGGAGGCUGAGAUACUGUUUCACUGGAGUCUGUAACGGACGACCUGGUCUGCUCUUCACCAUCAGCAGGGGUAUCUGGUCUUGUGUCCACGGGGUCCAUAUAGAGUUAAAGAAGAAGCCUCCGGAGUUGGACUUCUCUCCUCAGGCCAACAUGUUGCACCUUCUGAAGUCAGCGAAGAAGAUCACCCUGUCUUCUUCAUCUCCUAAACGCUCCCCGGCCUUGCUGCAGCCCGGUAUCAUCAACAUGAUGAAAGGUAACUCUGUCGUCAGUCUGUCUCCUAAAGGCCAGGGUGGUCUCUAUAGCAACACUUCCACUCUACAGGGCUUCCUGGGUCGGCACAAAGACCUGCUGAAUAACUCAUCCCCAGGCCCGUACCCUGGGAAACCCAAACCCCACCCCCUCAGCCUCAACGACGUAGAGGUCAGCGUUACCGCCGACAACGGCAAACCCAACCCCCCCGGCCCGUCCGGCCCCGCUUCCAAACCCCGCGCCCUAUGGAAGAAGAGCGUGGAGACGCUGAAACAAGGACCAAUCCCGUUGUCCGGUCCCGUUGGUGGUCCCGCACCCGGAUCCGCUGGCUCCGCCUCUGUCCCGGGCCAUGCAACAAUGAAGAGCCAGCGUUACCUCCCUGAAGACCCGCCCCAUUCCGACAUCUCUGAGUGUUCCAGCCGGCCCCCCUCUUACAUGGAAUCUGAUCUGGGGGGGCCCAGAAUGGGGAUGGGGGGGUUCAAACCCCCAAAAGACGGGCUGAAGAAACGCCCGGUGGGGGGGGUGGGAGGUGUAGGAGGGGGAGGCGGCAGUGGGAGGAGUCACGAGAAGAUCUAUUCCAUAGACUCAGACCAGGCCAGUCUACACUCCGCCCCGCUCUACCAGAGAGACAGCCUCCAGGAACCCCCCGACGUCACACACACGCACUCCGACCUCAGACACUCUCACUCGGAGCACUCCAACGCCGUGGACGCUUCCAUCCUGCAGCUGAGCGCCAGUCUGCUGCACCACAGCCACUCUGCCGACGCUGACCUCCACUCUCUGAAGGACAAGAAGUACAGCACCUACAAACACACCAGCACUGGAGCUGCCUCCUCAGGCAAAGACAAGAGCAAUGGUUCCUACGAUGCCCCAGGGGGCCAGAGACAGACCCAUUGCCGGUCCUGUCUAGGGAAGUUAUCAGGUUACUCUGGUCUGUACACAGUCCGCUCCCCUCAGAACCGCUGUGAUGCCUGCAUCCACCUGGGAAAUCUCUACGACAUCAGUGAAGACCACGCACACACACACACCCAGCACACACACCCUCACUCUGGCGGGGACAUGUUCACCCACUACCUGCCUCAGAGCGAGCUGGGUCUGGUGGGCGAGGGUGAUGGGUUGGUGAGUCACUACCUCCCCCCAGCCGGGACCUCCCCCCCAGGAUCUCACCUCUCCACCCAGCUCAGCCGACAGCCCUCCUACGAGAACGUCCCUGAGAAGCAGCAGCGUCGGGGGGGCGGCAGGGAGUCAGAGCGGCAGCAGAGUCAGUUCAGAGGGUUCAGUCUGCCAGACAGGGACAACAGCAGAGAUAACAACAGCUUUGGUCUCCUGGAGGAUAGUCCCUACGCUAACGUCCUCACCAUGCGCUCUGACCGACCCUACUCCUCCUCCCCCCUCAACCACUCUCUGGAUCCUGUCCUGCCCCUCCCCUUGCCCCUCCCCCGCCGCUCCAAGUCCCUGUACCCCGACCGGCCCUCCCAUAACCCCUUCCUGCAGGGCGGAGGGGGGACGGGGCAGCGAGGAGAGAACAGCCUGGCCGCUGCACAGCGCCUGGCACACGGCCACUCCGCCACCGACCUCUACAAACAACUAGUCCCCCUGGCGAUGACGCUCGGCAACCACCACGGGCAUCCCCACGGCAACCACCAGGAGUUCUUCUACCCCGGGGCCUCAGAGACGGCCGUGAUGUCGUACGUGAUGGCUCCGCCCGCCAUGGCGGCCCAGCAGCCAAUCGGCUACGUGACGGCUCCCCGGGCCUCCAGCGCCGGUGGAAACAGGCCACGCCUCUACCGACGCAUGCCCAGCAUCGAGUCCGACGUCUGAGACACACACACACACACGCACACACACACACACACACACACACGCACACACACAGCUGAACAGAACAGUCCUAGUCCUCAGUGUUUUCUAUGAGGAGCUAAACCUCCUUCAUAAAGCACUAAUACUAUACAACCUAUAAACAGGUGGUCUACCACUGACUUUACA